UCCUAAUAUUACUCAGCACUGUUAUGUACUCAGGGGCUUUUAAAAUAUAUUAUAAAAAGAUUUCCACGUUAAACACCAAGUUCACAUUUUUUCUAUAUAUAUGUGUUCCGAUUGAAAAAAAGAAACGGAUCUUACUAUAGUGAAUCGAUUAAACUCUUUUGGAACUCCUCGGACAUUACUGAAAAUUGAAAAUGGCGAACCGGACAGUAAAAGACGCUCAUUCCGUUAAAGGAACAAAUCCACAGUAUUUGGUGGAGAAGAUCAUAAGGACUCGAAUAUAUGAAUGCAGAUAUUGGAAGGAAGAAUGUUUUGCAUUGACUGCUGAAUUGAUGGUUGACAAGGCAAUGGAAUUGAAAUAUAUUGGUGGAGUUUAUGGUGGAAAUGUCAAACCAUCACCUUUCCUAUGUUUGGUCUUAAAAAUGCUCCAGAUUCAGCCAGAAAAAGACAUCGUUGUGGAGUUUAUCAGAAAUGAAAAUUUUAAAUAUGUCAGGGCUUUGGGAGCAUUUUACAUGAGACUGACAGGAACUACCUUGGAUUGCUUCAAGUACCUGGAGCCACUGUACUAUGAUUACAGAAAGUUGAAGAUACAAAACAGAGAAGGAGAAUUCCAUUUACUCCACAUGGAUGAGUUUGUUGACAGCUUACUAAGAGAUGAACGAGUGUGUGACAUCAUUCUCCCUCGAAUUCAGAAACGACAUGUCCUAGAAGAGAACAAUCAAUUGGAAAGCAGAGUCAGUGCGUUAGAUGAAGACUUGGAAGACAUGGAAUCAGAUGAAGAGGAACCCAUGGAAAGAAGUCCCUCUCCUGUUGAUAGACGGAAAUCAGACAGGAGUUCUCCAUCCAGACAUCGCCGGUCCCCCUCCCCACGCAGCAGAGACAGAAGGAAACGGUCAAGGUCUCGAGACAGAGAGAAACGACAUCGAUCCAGAUCUCCCACAGAUAAAAGACACAGAGAUGAUGAUCGAAAGAAAAGUAAAAAGCAUCGUCAUGAACACAAGAGUCGUGACAAGGACAGAGAUCGGGAGAAGCGGAGUCAUCGCAGUAGUCGGCACCACAAGGACGACAAAGACCGCAGCAGGGACAAGGACAGAGACAAGGGCGGAUCAAGGUCGGACUCCAAGGGCGACCUCAGUGUAGCAGAGACCAACGAACUCCGUGCAUCCCUCGGACUACCACCUUUAAAAUAACCCUUGUCAGUAGUGCCACAGUUGUGAACUUAUAAUGCUGUUGUUUAUGAAGAGUCCAAGGUUAAUGUUCAUUAUGGAGAAUUUGGACUUUGUUUUAAAAAAGGGAGACAAAUUCAACUUUAUCAGAUAAUAUUUAUUCAGGUAUUGUCAAUAACAAAAAACAAUGAAAUUUAAGCUUAGCUUGAUUCAUUUAUAAAGUUUUAACAACCUGAUACAUUGAAAAGUCUGUACUUUGCCAUACUUUGGGUGGAGUGCAAUACAUUGUAAUAAAUGUGCUUCAUACGAAAUGUA